AUGCCUAACAAUGGGGACACAUCUAAUUACACUUCUGUGUUUCGCUUGACGCCACCAGAUCCGCACCGCAAGGUGAUCAAGCGCAACAGACAGGUCGUUUCCGACGCCAUCUCGUGCAAGUUCUUUGGAGCCCAUAGCGCCGCUAACGUGGGAACCCAUGCCCCGUCUGUCCCUCGGAAGCAAAUGCAGAUCAGGUUGCAGCAAUUAGAGGAUCUCGUCAACGUGAUGAUCACGCAGACUGAGUCCAAUUGUCUGGCAAGGAAGGACCCGAGUGCCGCAGUAGCCUCGCGAGAGGAACAGCAGCUGGCUGAUACGACCACAAUCAGCGAUGAAGCUGAGUCACAGGAGCAGAACUCGUCCCAAGGACAGCUGAGCAGGGAGGACAAGAACAGGCGAUAUGCUGGGGCCACCAACUAUGCCGCUGUUCUGGAGUGUAUCCAUAAUCUCCAAGAAAUUGUCGACGAAGAGCCCCCUGACUACUUGUCGGCGAGUUCUCAGCAUCUGCCACAACCCGGUACGCAUCGUGAUGCCCAAGAAGGGCAACAGCAGCAACCUGAUACUUCUGUUGAUCUCCACGGACCUACAAUACCACUCACGACACAGGAAGUCAUGGAUCGCUUGCCAUCAAGGGUUGAGUGCGACAAGAUCCUCACAUUUUACUUCCAACAGCUUGUUGACAUUGAGGUAGACACAAUUCCUAUGGCGAUACACUCUGGACAAUUUCAGCGAGCAUAUGAAGCCUUCUGGAGAGAACCGAACAGUACAAGUCCGCUGUGGAUAAGUACGCUCUUCGCUGUUCUUUCUACUGCGGUCUUCCAACAAGCCUCGAAAGCUGCCGGCUGUGAAGGCCUAGGUGCGACAGAGAUUCAAGACGCGGAAGCUAGAAAGAGGAUCGAAUCAUACAGCAGCAUGUCAUAUCGUUGCCUUGUCGCUGGUGACCAUCUUCUGGGCAAGCCGUAUUCUGUCGAGGGUGCCCUAUUGUUUGUCAUGCACCUCGUCCUGCAGAAACGCGACACCGAUCCAAUCUGUUGGCUCACUUUCGGCACUGCUAUCCGGCUGGCUCAAAGAAUGGGAUAUCACCGAGAUCCAUCCUAUCUGAACCGAAGCAGCAAGAUGAAAAUCUCACCAUUUGAUGCUGAAAUGCGACGAAGGACGUGGUAUACGCUCGAACACCUGGAUGUUUCCUUCAGCUUCCUGCUCGGCGUUCCACCUAUCGUUCACGGAGACGAUGUUGAUACACAAUUGCCUUCUAACCUGCGCGACGAGGAAUUCAGCGAGUACAGCAAAUCACUACCACCGUCAAGGCCGGCCACAGACUUCACUCCAAUCCUGCCGUACAUCUUCUACGGCAGACAGAUACAUAUACUCCGCCGAAUUGUUAAGCAGGCCACAGCUGUUGCUCAGCCCUCAUAUGGCGACGUCAUUUGCCUUGAUACCGAUCUACGUAGCUUGCACGACGAUAUACCACCAAAUCUGCGGUACAGGCCAAUACGAGAGAGUAGUUUCGCGGACGUGCCAGACAUAAUAGUUCGACGCAUAAUUUUGGAGAUCAUACACCUCAAAGGAAUCUGUGUACUGCACAGACGAUACUUGACCCUUCAGAGGGAAAACGCCGUCUUCGACCGGUCCAGAGAGGCAUGCGCUGAUGCAUCGCUACGGCUACUGGAUUUGCAUGCCGAGUUUGAUGAGCAGAGUCGCGAGGGAGAUUCUAUUCUCUCCAAAGUCCUGUCAUCGGAUAAGGCUACAACUUCACACAACAACAACAGCUACAGCUACGCUGCGGCUGCAGCCUCUUCAACAUCCUCUUCGAACCCCCCAAAUGCAGAUCCACCUGCCGAGCAAUCUGAAGCACCAACGUCUUGUUGGUCGGCCGUAAAUAACAAAGCCACUUCGACCACCACAUCAGCUAGAAAAGGUUUCUCUAUGACAUGGGAUUUUGGACUUGACACUUUCUCGUCUGGCCGCGCCAAGAAGCGAGACUCGGAUGAUCCGCUAGAUAUGGCCCUACACGGUGACGUUGACUGGAACGAACUCGAUUCGUUUCUCCUCGACCGGGAGCAUAUCGGAAGCACCACUGUUGCCUCUUCUUCGCCUCCUCCCUCGGAUGAGAACUCCAGGCAAGGAUGGCCUUACAUUGAGCGUAGUGGCAGGAGUUCCAGAGAGAACUGGCCGUAUCCACAGUAUGACCACACCGGCGAAUCUGCUGGAUCCAACACGACGAGUUUUCGCACCUGGGCAAGGGCGGGCGCGACAUUAGGCGAUUUUGGUCCUUCUUGA